AUGACUUCAACUAUAUCCGAUAAAAUGGGCAUUGAAGAUGUUGAUUUAAAUGGUAAACGUGUACUUAUGCGCGUUGAUUUCAAUGUACCGAUUGAGAAUGGUCAAGUUAAAGAUAAACAACGAAUCGAAGGCGCAUUACCAACAAUCAAAUAUGCUAUUGAAAAAGGAGCGAAAUCUGUUAUAUUAAUGUCGCAUUUGGGUCGUCCUGAUGGGAAGAAAGUUGAUAAAUAUAGUUUAAAACCCGUUGCUGAAGAAUUGAAGCGAUUAUUGAAUAAAGAUGUCAAAUUUCUAAAUGAAUGUGUCGGUGAUGAAGUGGAACAAGAAUGUUCAAAAGCAACUGAUGGUCAAGUGAUACUAUUAGAAAAUGUUCGUUUUCAUCUCGAAGAAGAAGGCAAAGUAAAAGAUAAAGAUGGAAAGAAAACAGAAGCAAAAAAAGAAGAUAUCGAAAAAUUUCGUCAAAGUUUAUCAAAGUUAGGCGAUGUUUAUAUCAAUGACGCGUUUGGUGCUGCACAUCGAGCACAUAGUUCUGUCGUUGGUUGUACGUUAGAUAAACGGGCUGCUGGAUAUUUGAUGAAGAAAGAAUUAGAUUAUUUUGGAAAGGUGAUCGAAAACCCAGAUCGACCAUUUUUAGCCAUAUUAGGAGGUGCAAAAGUUGCAGACAAAAUAAAAUUAAUUGAAAAUCUAUUGGAUAAAGUGAACGAAAUGAUCAUUGGCGGAGGAAUGGCAUAUACAUUCUUAAAAGUAUUGAAAAAUAUGGAAAUUGGCAAGUCGUUGUUUGAUGAAGAUGGUUCAAAAGAAAUUGAAAAAAUCAUGGAUAAAGCUAAGAGUAAAAACGUUCAAAUUCAUUUGCCAAGUGAUUUUGUUACGGCUACUGAGAUGAAGGAUGAUGCACAAACAAAAGAAACAACUAUCGAUCAUGGCAUUGAUAAAGAUCAGAUGGGUUUAGAUAUCGGUAAAAACACGAUCAAAGAAUUCUCGGAUGUUGUUAAAAGAGCUCGAACAAUUGUAUGGAAUGGUCCAAUGGGUGUAUUUGAAAAAAAACCGUUUGAAAAUGGGACAAAAAGUUUAAUGGAAGUGGUUGUUGAACGAACAAAAGAUUCAUCAGUAACAUCAAUCAUUGGCGGUGGUGAUACUGCAACCGCUGCAUUAAAAUAUGGAGCCGAAGGCAAAGUUAGUCAUAUCUCAACUGGUGGAGGUGCAAGUUUGGAACUUUUAGAAGGCAAAGAGCUUCCCGGUGUUUCUGCAUUAAGUCAACGCAGUAAAUAA